AUGAGCAUCAAAGACCAAAAAUCACAGGUGGGCCAAGGCCAGGGCCAGCGAAGAUGUGACGAGGCUGCAUCAAACGAGGCGUUACAUUAUGAUUACAUAGCGAUCGCCGUCGAUCAAGCAAAAUGCCGCAAGGUCAAUGCCGGAAGAUUGGCGAAGUGGUGGGAGACGGGGGCCUCCGUCGAAGGUUCUCUCUCCACCGCCGACGAUCCCCAAUUAAACAGAAUGGCAUCCAUGCUCGGAUCGGACCAGACGACCGAAGUGGACAAGAUCGGGUCUUGGCCUGCGCAAAGGCUCGCUCUCUGCUUUUUCCCUGCCCCCUUGCGACUUCGCUUCGGCGGCGAGCAGAUCCUCGUGGAAGAAAGGCCAGUUGGGUUAGGAGGCGAAGAGACGCUUCGUUACGCUGUGUCAUGCAGAUCGACCACCGGGCGUUUCCGCCGCAGAUCACAGGCUCCAUCUCGGAGGUUUUGCAUGCCAAUCGUUGGGCGACGUUGGGCAGUCCCUCGCUACGACCAACUCUAA